GUGACGGCCUUCGGCUCCGCCCCCUCGACGGCCAUAAAAAGUCGCAGCGAAGCCUGCACCUCUGAGUACCGCGCGCGGCCCUGCCCCCGGCACGGCCCCCAGGUGCGCUCCUUCUCCGGCUGUUUGUAGCACUGGUCUCACUGUCCCCGCCGUCAGCCACCGGUUCCUUAUCCGUCUCAUUCCCCAUUGUGGCUUGGCUGAGCCGGUCGCCAGGCCUCGCUGUCCUCCUCCUUUGCCUUCCUCUCUCCUCAGCGGCCGUACUUUGCGCCGUACCUCACCUGGCCUGCAGGUGAGCAGCAGCGCAGCACCCCUGUCCGGCGAGCUUAACUUGCCCAGCCCGGCCCCUGCCGGAGUGGCACCGGCACCUCUCCAAGACGCCCUCUUCCCUGCAGGAUGAAGAACCCCAUGCUGGAGGUGGUGUCUUUACUACUGGAGAAGCUGCUCCUCAUCUCCAACUUCACGCUCUUUAGUUCGGGCGCCGCGGGCGAAGACAAAGGGAGGAACAGUUUUUAUGAAACCAGCUCUUUCCACCGAGGCGACGUGCUGGAGGUGCCCCGGACCCACCUGACCCACUAUGGCAUCUACCUAGGAGACAACCGUGUUGCCCACAUGAUGCCCGACAUCCUGUUGGCCCUGACAGACGACAUGGGGCGCACGCAGAAGGUGGUCUCCAACAAGCGUCUCAUCCUGGGCGUUAUUGUCAAAGUGGCCAGCAUCCGCGUGGACACAGUGGAGGACUUCGCCUACGGAGCUAACAUCCUGGUCAAUCACCUGGACGAGUCCCUCCAGAAGAAGGCACUGCUCAACGAGGAGGUGGCGCGGAGGGCUGAGAAGCUGCUGGGCUUUACCCCCUACAGCCUGCUGUGGAACAACUGCGAGCACUUCGUGACCUACUGCAGAUAUGGCACCCCGAUCAGUCCCCAGUCCGACAAGUUUUGUGAGACUGUGAAGAUAAUUAUUCGUGAUCAGAGAAGUGUUCUUGCUUCAGCAGUCUUGGGAUUGGCGUCUAUAGUCUGUACUGGCUUGGUAUCAUACACUACCCUUCCUGCAAUUUUUAUUCCAUUCUUCCUAUGGAUGGCUGGCUAACUUCAUACCCCCAUGACAGUGUGUGUAUUCUGUAUGUAAAUAUGUUUAUAUUUAUAGAGCAUCAAUCAAUAUAAGCAUUAUUGAGAAAAAUGUGACCUGUAACACUGUGUUCUGGAUGAAAAUGUGAUUAGGAAUCACGCAAAGUGCUUACUGUGUAAGCCCAAGAACAAAGGCUUUCUGAAUCUUCUCAGGCAGUUCAGAUUUAAAGCACCAUCCAAACCUUGGAAAUAUGACAGGUUGUGGUAGAAUUCAGCAAUAUGAGAAAACCAGCCCCUAAAAUGAUAGCCACAAGAUAUUAAUUGUGUUUUUUUUUCUCCUGUAAUCCUUGUACUGUUCGGCUGAAUUUGAAGAUUGGAAGACUUAUAUUGAGACCAGUAACUUUGCUGUAAAUUUACUUUGUUUCAUUGAAAAAACAAAUUGAUAAACAUAUUUAACUGGAAGAAUUUUCUUUAUUCAAAUGAAAACAUGUUUGAUGACUGGUCAAAAAAUAAGCUCAUAAUCUAUUUUUUUCAUGUAGUAUAUAAGUCAAGAAUAUUUUAUUGUCAUUAUGUGAAACCAAUAUUGGCAAAUAGUACUUUAAUGAUAAAGUAAAUGACCAGAAAUUAUAGAAAUCUGUGUUUUCCUGUGAAAAUAGCACUAUAGUAUCACUUGAACAAUUCGAUUUGGCUUUACUUACUAGGAAGCCUGGAAUUCAUUAUUUUUUUCCUUUUAUGUGCCACUGUGGCUACUUUAAACCACUCUGAGAGGUAAAUGGAUAUAAGAUUGAAGUUAUGUGGGUAUUUGGCAUGUGUGUGUGAAAUAAAUAUGUAGAUAGUCACAUAUACACAGACUGAGAGAUAAAUUGUUCUUGAUUGCUUUAUUAUCAUCAUACUAGUGUGUUCAUUAUAGAGUAUCUGUAGAGGUGAAUGUAAAAGUAAGUCCAAUCUAUUUUCUUAUGUCAUUGAAUUUGUAGUGUUAACUUGCAUAUAUGUUAUUGGAUGGGUUGUCUUUUAAAGCAUUUACUAAUGUACUCUGAAAUUUUUAAAAGCCUUCAGAUUUGUUUUCUAGUCACUUUUUUCCAUAUCAUUUCUAAUUAUAGUUUAUAUCCUUAAAAGAAGGAUGCCACAGUAGUAUGUAAAACCCAAACAAGUAGAACCCAAGCAAAUAAAAUUAUUUAAAAUAAUUUUAAAGUGGCUUAGUACUGCCAGUCACAUAAAUUGAUUCUGCUGAGGGUCUUAUAAGAAUUGAGAUAUAACAAUGGUAAAACAAGCAUUCAAGCACUUUUACAAAAUUACCAAAUUCUUAAAAUGAAGCCACAGCUAGACUUGCAUUUCAGGUAUUAAAAUUGCUUUCUUAACUGUCAAGAAUCACAAAAUAACAAAUCAUAUUAUGAGUGAAUAUGGGGAGGGUGGGGCCAAUCAGUCAAUGAUAAUCUGAACAAAUUUUAAGAGCAGAUUUUAGAUUAAUAAUGUUUUAUCACCACUAAUUUGCCCACAACAAACUUAGUAUUUAAUUUUUCAAAUUAAAUAUUAAAUUAUUUAAGUAUUUUAAAUAAUUAAAACAUUAAAUGGCAACACCACAGAAUAUAGGUGUUCUCUGGACCUAUUCCAACCACUUAAAAUUAUCUUAAGUAUGCAUACAUAAAAGCAACCACUAUGAGAACUACCGUGUUAGUGGUUUUUCACUUACUGUAUAUUACCCUUGUAGGAAUAGUUUAAGGAAAUUCAUUUCUUAAAAAUACAGUGUCCUCAAAUAAUUAAUUUUUUUGCAAACUUUAGUUAUUACAGGCAGCAAAAACCACUGUCUGAAACUAAAUCUGUGUUCAAAGAUAAAGACCCCUCAUUAAAAGCCAAGGACGUUCUUAAGAUUGGAACUGACAUAAUGAGUCUUGACUUACUUCAGUAAAGCAAGAUUCAAUUCCUUGUUCAUUUGAGUGUUCAUUAUAUGCCAGGCAUUGACCAGUUGCAAUUUUAUGGUCCAGAAUUAAUAUUAUUAUUCGUAAACUAGCUAUAAUAGAGUAUAUACAGUGCUGUGGGAAUACAGGGGAAGAAGCAAUUAAAUCUGCUAGAAGGGUAAGAGAAAUCUGUAUGCAGGAGGCAAUGCUAGCAUUAAGCCAAGAAAUAGUGUGAGGUGAUCUUAUCACACUGAUGUGUUCACCUGUUUAUGGGAAAAGGAAACUAGGAUGGUUUUAUUUGUGAAAUGUUCUACAACGCUAGAACUGUUGAACUUCUUGGGAGAAAAGGAGAAUCUUUGUUUUGUUGUGCUGAGUUUGAUUAGUUGCUUAACAAACUAGAAAGAAAAGCACAUCUUCCUGAUCACAGUUAUAAAAGAAACCCUGAGGCCGGGCGCGGUGGCUCAAGCCUGUAAUCCCAGCACUUUGGGAGGCCGAGGAGGGAGGAUCACGAGGUCAGGAGAUCGAGACCAUCCUAGCUAACACAGUGAAACCCCAUCUCUACUAAAAAUACAAAAUUAGCUGGGCGUGGUGGCCGGCGCCUGUAGUCCCAGCUACUCAUGAGGUUGAGGCAGGAGAAUGGCGUGAACCGAGGAGGCGGAGCUUGCAGUGAGUGGAAAUUGCGCCACUGCACUCCAGCCUGGGCAACAGAGUGAGACUCCAUCUCAAAAAAAAAAAAAAAAGAAGAAGAAACCCUGAGCCAUUAAUGUGUCUCGUAACUUGAGGAAGCUCACGAAUUUCUCUGGGCUUUAUCCAUUAAGAUUCAUCCUUAUGCUCCUGCAAGUCUCUUAUAUUUAUGUAUUUCUAUUCUGAUUUCUGAAAUGAUAACCUAGUAGUGUCUGAUGAAGUUUUUUCAUGCUUAUUUUAUUCUUUGUCAUAGGUGAAGGAAGAAUAGGACUAAUUGGGGCUAAGAUGAAUUAAUGUAAGUGUCAGAUACUAGGCAGGUGUUAGGGAUGAAAUGAUGAAUGAGGCAUGGACCUGUUCCUCAGAGUUUAUGGCCCAGUAGACAUAACUGUAUUAGGACUUUCUGCAGUUGACAUUUGCAUAAAGCUGACUGACUGAAGGAACAGAAAGUGAGAUGGUUAAUUUUAACAGAUAUGACCAAAUUUAUACAAACCAUAUACCAACACUUGAAAGAUGGGUGGAUAUUUUCCAGGAAACAGAUUUUGGGCAGGACAUUCCAUGCACUGGAAAUAGCAUGAACAAAUGCAUGAAAAUUGCCUACAACAUGCCUGGCACAUAGCUGUGAGGUACCCUAUGAGUUGUUGACUUGAAAACAUGGAACUGCACAGGGCAUUCAGGCAAGUGCAAGUGGUUCAGGGGCCAGCGCAGAGCAAGAGUGCUGAGUAAAGAUGUCAGAAAAGGAAAGCAAUGGUCUGGUACAAGUCUUGUGUAGAACAAGAAGUUUAGACUUUUGAACAGGCAAUCGAGAUUUGGGGUUCAGAAAGAUAAAUCCCAAAAGUAUGGAGGACAAAGGGACUCAUUUUAAAGGACUAGCUAAGAUGCUCAAUCUCUAAAAAAAAAAGGAUCUGUAUUCGUGAGAGUAGAGAGAAAGGUUGUUUAGGAAGAGUCAACAGACUUUAGCAAAAUCGUUUUAUUUGAUUCAUGCAUAACUCCUGAUGGAGUGUCAAGGAAGACUCAUUCACUUUUCUUUCCUGCCAGAAAGUUGGUUCUUGCAAAAUAGAUUAACUUGAUGACUAUGUGUAUAUUGGAUACUCCUAAUUUUAGCUCUGUUAGAUAUGUUUCUUUCUAAGGACAAGCAACUAUGUAUAGAUUUGUUGUUUAAAUUUUUUUUCAGUAUAUAUAUGUUUCUUGUUUUUCUAUUUUUCUACUUCAUACUGUUAAUGUCAAAUAUCAAAAAUGUUUUCCAGCAAUAUCAAGUUAUGGCAAUGGCAAAAGUCCUUGUUGUAGAUGAGAAGCAUAUAAGAAAUGGUUGCCAAUCUUUGUUUUGUAUGAUCUAUUUAGAGUUUUAACCAACCUAGAUCUGACAGCUAAGCUAAUUUUAUAUUUGGUAUACAUGCAUGUCAAAUAAAGUUAAUUUUACAUACUA